AUGUCGGAGGAAACCGAUUAUACGCUCAACAACCCCGACACGCUCACCAAGUACAAGACCGCCGCUCAGAUCUCUGAGAAGGUCCUGGCUGCUGUCGCCGAGCUCGUCGUUCCCGGCGAGAAGAUCGUCACCAUCUGCGAGAAGGGUGACAAGCUCAUCGAGGAAGAGCUUGCCAAGGUCUAUCGCGGAAAGAAGGUCAACAAGGGUUUCUCUCACCCUACCACCAUCUCCCCGGCUUCUUUCGUGACCCCCUACACUCCCCUCACCUCCGAUGAGGCAGAGGCCAACGUUGAGAUCAAGGAGGGUGAGCCCGUCAAGAUCCAGCUUGGUGCUCAGAUCGAUGGCUUUGGCUCAAUUGUUUGCGACACCGUCAUCGCAGCCCCCAAGGACAAGUCCGGCGAGGAGAUCACUGGCCGCACUGCCGACUUGCUCCUCGCCAACUACUACGCCAACGAACUGCUUCUCCGUUUGAUCGUCCCCCCCGGCCUGCUCGCUUCCGGCACCGAUGAGGAGAAGGCCAAGGCCGCCGCCGCCAAGCCUCCAUCGCAGCAGAAGAUUACCAGCCUGCUCGAGAAGGUUGUCAAGGCCUACGACUGCAACCUCGUUGAGAGCACCACCUCAUGGCUGUUCGAGCGCAACGAGAUUGAGGGCAAGAAGAAGAUUGUCCUUGCCCCCGCCGAGGGUACCAAGGGCGACGGUGUUCCCGAGGUCGGUGAGGUUUGGGGUGUCGAGAUGGGCGUGAGCUUGGGCGCCGGCAAGGUCAAGACUUUCGACCAGAGAACUACUCUGCACCGACGCACCACUACCAACUACGGCCUGAAGCGCCCGACUUCCCGCAAGAUCCUCUCCGAGGUCCAGAAGAAGUUCGGUACUUUCCCCUUCAGCUUGCGCCAGCUUGAGGAUGAGCGCGAUGCCAAGUCCGGCGUCGUCGAGUGUGUCCGUGGCAACGUGUUCCGCGCGUACGAGGUUGUCGGUGACAAGGACAACUCCCCCGUCGCCCGCUACCUCUCGACGAUUGCCAUCACCAAGAACGGCAUCACCAAGCUCGGCGCCCCCCCUGCGCUGGACCUCAGCAAGGUUAAGUCGGACAAAAAGAUUGAGGACGAGGAGGUCCUCAAGAUCUUGGAACAACCUCUUUCCAGAAAUACCGGAAAGAGCAAGAACAAGAACAAGAAGAAGAAGAAGCCCGCCAAGAAGGCUGCUGCUGCAGGCGGUGAGGAGGAAGAGGAGAGCGACGAGGAGUAA